AUGUCGGAGACCGUCGCCGCCACCCCGUCGACAAUCAGCAGCGCCGAAGGAACGGGCUGCCAGGCAGAGAAGAAGGGCAGCAAGAAGGCGGCCACUGCAGGCGAACAGGGCGAGAAUGGAGGCCAAUCGCCGAGUGUCGCUCGCGCUGCUGGAGGAGAGAAGGGGCCUGCCACUGCCGGCAAGAAGGGCAAGAAGGCUGGCAAAAAGACGGUCCCUGGGGAGAAGGUGGAGAAGGGAGCCAAGGACGUGAAGCAGGAAAAUGCCAACCCCUACAUUCGUCUCAUCAAUUCGAAAUUGCGCGCGAACAAGAAGAAGCUCGAGAAGAUCGCGACCAUUGAUGAGAAGGUCGCAGAAGGCAAGGAGAUCAACAGCGAUCAGCGCGAGUUGCUCAGCCGAAAGCCAGAAAUCGAGCGGCUCAUCGUCGAACUCGAUGAAGUCAAGAAGGAGCUUGCCAAGAUAGAGAAGAGCGAGGCUCAGGCCCAAGCGGAGAAGCGCGUGAGCGAGUUGAAGACCGCGCUCCGCCUGUUCCACGUGGUGGGCUACCUUCACUCCACCGCUGCCGAAGAAACAAAGCACAUCCUUCUGGCUCGCGGCCUCAAAUCGCUGGACGCGGAUCUCUCUGUCUUGACGCACCUCCAGAAUGACAUCUUCGGUCUUGGCGAAAACUUCGGCAAGCAGCUCGACGCCGGUUUCUCGCGUCUGCUGAAGCUGCUGAACGACAGCAAGGAGGAAUUCGCGCCCGGCUUCACCUUCCAAACACUUCACACCAAGCUGAACGACUACGACGCCUACAUCCGCAAGGGCAAGGCCCUGGAGCCCUUGUCGAGCGAGCAGCCGGCUUCUGCUGCGGCGCAGCCGACCGCGGAGCCCACUCCAGAGGCCUCCGUGCCCGAGCAGGCACCCCAGACCGAAGCACCCAGUGAAGCAGCUGCGCCCGCCGGAGAUCAGCAGGCUCAGCCCGAAGGCGUGUCCGCCGAAAGUACCGAGUUCGGUCACGACGAGCGGGGCCGAGGCGGCAGGGGCGGACGCGGUGGUCGUGACGGCAGGGGUGCCCGGGGCGAACGUGGCGAGCGCCGCGGAGGCCGGGGUGGGCGCGGUGGCCGCAGGCCCGAGGGCGCCGAUGUCAGCGAGAACGGCGGCGAUCAUCAGGCGGGAGCCGCCGCGGGUGCCGAGGCCGCCCAAACCGGCGCGGUUGAGGGUGGCCGGCGAGGUGGCCGCGGAGGCGAGCGAGGCGGCGAGCGCCGUGGAGGCCGAGGUGGCGGACGCGGCGGUGGCCGAGGCGGCAACUUUAGGGGCGCUCCGGCAGCGGAAGGCGGCCAGCAGCAGGCGGCCCAGGGCGCACCCGGCGGGCAGAGGCCGGCCGGCGAUCGUCCGCCCAGGAACCGCGGCCCGAGGCAGUACCCGCCCAAGGAGGGCCAGCGCCAGUCCCCGCAGCAGCGUCGGCCGCCUCAGGAGCAGCGUCAGCCGUCCCAGCAGCCAGCUGCCCCGGCUGCGGCUCCUCCCGCGCAGUAG